AUGCUUGGAGAUGACGAUACUUCCAUGGGCGGUACCGGCACAAGCUGGGUGGGUGUAAGUAGUCGAGUCCUAAAAGUGGCCCAUGUCCUGGAUGGCCUUGAAGCACUUCUGCCCAACACAGGGCACAUGUUCUUCAAAGAGUCGAGGAAAGCAUCCCGACACUACUGUACACAUCAGUUCGGCAGAAUGAUCGGCAGCAAGCGAGGCGUGCCGCAGCUGCGAUUUAGAUGUCGUGCUGGACGUCCCAGCGAGAAAAAAAACAGGGCGAAGAAGGAAAAGAAGAAGAAGGAGAAGAAGAAGGAGAAGAAGAAGGAGAAGAAGAAGGAGAAGAGUGCGUGCAUUGCCUGA